AUGGUGCCAAGCAAUAAUGAUUCCGAUAACAAUGAUGCAGUGGAUGAAAUUAAAGAAUACUAUGAUUGUAGAUAUAUUUCUGCAUGUGAAGCAUCAUGGCGGAUUUUUAAAUACGAUGUUCAUUAUAGAUAUCCUGCUAUGAUUAGACUACCUUUUCAUCUUCCCAAUCAACAACAAGUUGUAUAUGAGGCAGACGAUGACAUUGAAGAUGUUCUUGACCGAACUUAUGUUGCUUCUUCAAUGUUCACAUCUUGGAUGAAGUGUAAUGAAAUCAGUAAAGAAGCACGAAAACUGAAAUAUGUUGAAUUUCCUACAAAGUUUGUUUGGCAUCGUAAACAUCUUAUUUGGAAGCCAAGGAAAGUUGGAUAUGCAGUUGGUAGAAUUCACUUUGUUUCACCUAAACUCGGAGAAGCAUAUUUCUUAAGAAUUCUUUUAAAUAAAGUGAAAGGUCCUAAAUCAUUUGAAGAAAUUCGCACAGUCAAUGGUGAACUAUGUUCUUCUUUUAAAGAUGCAUGUUAUACUCUUGGCCUUUUAGAUGAUGACAAAGAAUUCAUCGAUGCAAUUAAGGAAGCAAGUCUUUCUGGAUCUGGUUUAUCACUAAACGAAGAUCAACUUAAAAACUUGACUUUGUUUGAGAUAGAACAAAUUUUACUUCGUAACCAUUCUAGUCUCAAACACUAUGGAAAGAUGCCUUACCCAGAUGUUGAUUCUGUUUCAUCUUCAAACAAUCGUCUUAUUACUGAGGAGCUAUAUUAUGACAUACCAAAUUUAAAGAACGAGUUUGAUCGGUUGUUUGUUGCAUUAACAAACAAGCAACGAGACAUUUUUCUUGAUAUCAUGGAUGCAGUUAAACAUAAUAGGGGAGGUGUAUUCUUUGUUUAUGGUUAUGGUGGAACUGGUAAAACAUUUCUUUGGAAAACAAUUUCUGCAGCAAUUAGAGGUCAAGGUGAGAUUGUUUUAAAUGUUUCUUCAAGUGGGAUAGCUUCAUUAUUAUUGACUGGAAGCAGGACAGCACACUCUCGGUUUAUAAUUCACAUAAAUCUUACGGAGGAUUCUUUUUGUAGAAUAAAUCCAAAGAGUGAUCUUGCUAGUUUAGUGCGAAAAACCUCAUUGAUCAUUUGGGAUGAAGCACCCAUGGUUCACAAACAUGCAUUCAAAGCUUUAGAUCGAACUCUCAAGGAUAUAUUAAAGUGUGUCAAUCCUAGGAAUUCAAAUAUCCCAUUUGGAGGGAAAGUGAUUGUCUUUGGAGGUGAUUUCAGACAAAUUAUACCUGUUGUUCAAGGUGGCAGUAGACAAAACAUUGUUAAUGCUUCUUUAAGUUCUUCUUAUUUAUGGCAACAAUGCAAAGUUCAUAAACUAACCAAAAACAUGAGGUUAACAGUUGGAUGCGAUCCAUCUUCUAUUAAACAAAUAAGGAAUUUUGCAACUUGGCUUUUAGACAUAGGAGAAGGUAAUCUUGGUGGUCCGAAUGACGGUGAAGCAAUUGUUGAUAUUCUAGAAGAUAUUCUCAUUACUAAUCCACAUGAUCCUAUAGGUUCAUUAAUUAAUUUUGUAUAUCCUUCUAUACUGGAAAACUUCAACAUUCCUGAUUAUUUUCAAGAAAGAGCAAUAAUUGCUCCCAAGAAUGAAGUUGUCCAAGAAAUAAACGAUCGUUUGUUGUCAAUGUUUCCAGGAGAACCAACUGAAUACUUAAGUUCAGAUAGUCUAUGCCAAUCCGAGUUUCUUCAUGAUAAGUUUGAUACAAAUUUAUACUCACCUGAUGUUUUAAAUGGUCUUAAAGUCUCAGGUCUGCCAAACCAUAAGCCUAUUUUAAAAAUCGGUGUUCCAGUUAUGUUAUUGAGAAACAUUGAUCAGAAAAACGGCUUAUGUAAUGGGACUAGACUACAGGUUAUAUCUUUGGGCAAACGUGUUAUCGAGGCAGUUAUCUUAACUGGAAGUAAUAUUGCAAACCGGACUUUUAUUCCAAGAAUGUCUUUAACUCCUUCUGAAGACUAG